CACUUGCAGACUCUGUGGCCAUUUUGGAUGAGGGCUAGAAGACAAUGACCCAGAAAGACCGGUGAUGUAACCCUGGGCACAGCCGUUAGGGAGCCUAGUUUGUGAGACCCCACUGCCACCAUUUUUAUGCAGGCGUCCUCAAGUCCUCAUUGUGUACCUGCUGCUUUCAGUUUUCAAGUUUUACCUACAUUAGGCUGCGCACGGAGUUGGUUUCUGUCCCUUCUCGGCCCUGGUAUCCGACCGCGGACACCUGGGUCUGGGCGGGCGUUCCCGGGCUUGCCGGGUUGGCCCGGGACCGAGCCGGGGGUCCCCAUGGCGCAGCUACUUGCCCCGGGAAGGCCCUCGGCUCGGCCCGUGUUCGGGAAGUAUGGGACCGUGAGCUUCGCGGACGUGGCCGUGUAUUUCUCCCCCGAGGAGUGGAGCUGUCUGCGGCCGGCGCAGAGAGCCCUGUACCGGGAGGUGAUGCUGGAGACCUACGGUCUUCUGGGCGCGCUCGGAGGGGGAGGCGCCAAGCCAGCGCUCAUUUCCUGGGUAGAGGAAGAGGCCGAACUGUGGGGACCCGGUGCCCAGGAUCCAGAGGUGGCCAUGUGUCAGAUGGAAGCCGAUUCAGAUUGCAGACAGGAGGAAAGGAAGAGGCCAAAGGAAGACACUGAGGCAACCCAGAAGACAUUUUCUACACAAGGUGGGCCGAAGAAGCCUCACUCCUCCUUUGCUGGACCCCCUUGCAACUUGGAUCUGCUGUCCAAGGACUCUCACCAAGGCCACCUCCCUCUUGUCCCCGCCAGUGUCCCAAGAGCAGAUCAGCGCCAUGGCUGCGGUGUGUGUGGGAAGAGUUUUGCCUGGCGGUCCACAUUGGUGGAGCACCUGUACACUCACACAGGUGAAAAGCCAUUCCGUUGCCCUGACUGCAGCAAGCCCUUCGGCAGGGCUUCCUCCCUAAGCAAGCAUCGGGCCAUACACCGAGGGGAAAGGCCACAUCGCUGUCCUGACUGUGGACAUGCCUUUACGCAGCGCUCUGCCCUCACGGCUCAUCUCCGUACCCACACUGGGGAGAAGCCCUACUGCUGUGCCGAUUGCGGGCGCUGCUUCAGCCAGAGCUCUGCGCUCCAUCAACAUCAGCGGGUACACAGUGGCAUGACCCCCUUUCCUUGCACAGACUGUGGCAGAGCCUUUGCCCAUGCCUCAGAUCUCCGGCGCCACGUGCGCACCCACACGGGUGAAAAGCCUUACUCAUGCCCUGACUGUGGACGCUGCUUCCGCCAGAGCUCUGAAAUGUCAGCCCACAGGCGGACCCACAGUGGCGAGCGACCCUACCCCUGCCCUCAAUGUGGCAGGUGUUUUGGCCAGAAGUCAGCAGUGGCAAAGCAUCAGUGGGUCCAUCGGCCAGGAGCUAAGGGCCAUAGGCUUGGAGAAGCCAGUCAGUUAUCUAUAUCCCUGGCCACAGUCCGCGGGGACCCAGAUCCACCUGUGGGCUUCCGGCACUAUCCCGAGAUAUUCCAGGAGUGCGGGGAUGGUCUUAAAAGCUCGACCACAGAGGAUGAAAGAUACACACUGUUUGAAGCCCAGAGGGCUUGAACUUAUGGCAUUCUCUGGAAUUCACAGAAGCUCUAGCAAGGGCUGGUCCUGGGGACAGAGUGCAGUCUUGUGGGUGGUUCCCAGAUGCGUUUGCACACACACUGAUCCCACUGGCCUAGGCUCUGAGUAUUGGGCUAGGGUGGGAAGCCCACUAGAAUUGUAUAUGAGAAGCAAGGGCAGUCUUCUGGCUCAGAAGCAUUGAGAGGCUCGAGGUUGAAGAGAACCUCAUCCGAUCCAUUGCCUCUUUAACGCAGAGGCCGAAGCUGAUGGCUCUGUGUGAAUCCAGAGCUGCAUUUCAGGGGUGAUUAGUUACCGGUCAAGAUCUGCAUGUGGUGGUGCUUGCCCAUGAGAGACAGGAAGGCCAGGAAUUUGAGACCAGUUUGGGUUACCUGAGGGUCCAUCUAAGGUGAAUAAAUAAAUAACAAGUGAAAUUAAUUGAGAUUUAAAAGUCAAAGUAUUUCAAACACAAAAGAAAGUCUGGGUUUCUAGCUUCUUUUGAAAACAAAAAAACUCCCAAAGAUUCAGCCAAGCAAACAAGACAGAACAGCUCUGGGUUCUAUGCCCAGCACUGGGUGUGGUGGCACAUGCCUACAAUUCCAUUACUUGGUAGUUGGAGGCAGGAAGUUCAGAAGCUCAAGGCUGCCCUCAGUUCACACACACACGUGUGCACACAUACACACAUUAUCAUAAAACACACCAGUCUUGGACAAAUUGGAUAUUUUCAAUCACAUACAAAAAUCAACUCAAAAUGGACCGUAAGAUUUAGGUUUAAGAGCUAAGACUAGAAAACCACAAGAAACACAGACAUAAAUCUUUACAACAAUGAAUGAAGCAGUGAUUUCUUAGUUACUCUAUCCAAAGCAUGUGUGGAUUAAAACCUUUGUGUUUAAAGGAUGUUACCAAAAAGGGGGAAAGAAGGCUGUCUUAAGUUUCUAUUGCUGUGAAGAGACACCAUAACCAUGGCAACUCUUAUAAAGGUCAGCAUGUAAA